CGACCGACUUCCCUCACCACAACACUACAACAGGACUGGGGCUUCUCCUCAUACCUAUCCACACGUGUAUGUGCGCGUGCGCGACUUGAUCUAGCAAUACCACCCUGCACUCAUUCGCAUAUUUCCAUAACCUCACGCCUUCCUUUCCUUCCUGAAGCACGACUAUAUCAUUUUCAGUCUUAUUGCACCUGUUUUGUCGUGUUGCUGCCAGGUUCUGCUGAUCAAGCUAUCACUCAGUGAUCUUCCCUGCUAGUCUGUAACAGCCCUUCCAAGCGGUCCUCAUUGCGAUGUCCGCUCUUCAUGCAGUUCCUACCGAUACCUUCGGCAUACAGCAACCUGUCGCUGCGACCCAAGGCCCCAAAUAUGUUAGAGAGGACAGUGCAGCCACAGAUAGUGAUGGAUCGAUAGAGCAAAUUCGAGAAGAGGUGGAGUACGAGGAGGGUGACGCUCAAGACAAAGAGGAUGUUGAUGAAUCAGUGAAAGAAGAUAUGAGAAAACUCGAGGACACAUUCCCCGGCAUAUCUGAUAGAUUUCGGCUGUUGAAUAGAAUCGGAGAAGGUACCUUUUCCACCGUGUACAAAGCAGAGGACCUCUUGUACGACCACUAUGAAAACGACUGGGACACUUUCCAAGGCAACCACACGGACAGUUGGACGGACCAACCGUCUAAAAGACGCCGGGUGGAAGGUGAUAACGGCCGCUCGAUUCCCAUCAAACGAAGGAAGCCACGGUUCGUUGCAUUGAAAAAGAUCUAUGUGACUAGUAGUCCCCAUCGCAUUCAAAAUGAACUUGAGCUGCUACAUGAUCUUCGGGGUUGCCGAUCAGUAUGCCCGUUAAUCACAGCUUUCCGCUACCAGGAUCAAGUUGUGGCCGUUCUACCCUUCUUCCCACACACCGACUUUCGCAUUCAGUAUCGCACAUUCCUGGUUGCUGAUAUGCGACAUUAUUUCCGGUCACUGUUCACUGCACUGCACUCCGUCCAUAAACAUAACAUUCUCCAUCGCGAUAUCAAGCCAACUAAUUUCCUCUAUAAUCCUGAUCUUCGAGAAGGCGUGUUAGUCGAUUUCGGGCUUGCAGAACGUGAGGGUUCUGAGUACACAGGUACCUGCCUGUGCGCAAAUGCAGCUUACAUACGCCGUAGUAGAUAUAACCACAGUUAUCACAGCACUCAUUGUUCACCGACGACAUUAUCAGCUGGCUAUCCUAAGAACGACUCACGACCAUCAAGGCGCGCUAAUCGAGCAGGAACGCGUGGGUUUCGUGCACCUGAAGUCCUCUUCAAGUGCACUUCUCAGACAACCAAAAUAGAUAUGUGGUCCGCCGGCGUCAUUCUCUUGACCCUACUUGGACGCCGCUUUCCUUUUUUUAACUCGGCUGAUGAUGUUGACGCUAUGAUUGAGAUGGCGAGUAUCUUCGGCACUCGACGCAUGAAAGCUGCUGCAGCCAUGCAUGGGCAGAUAUUCGAAACAAAUAUCCCGACCAUCGGUGAAAAGGGGUAUAGCUGGGAGAAACUUGUGAAAUGGGCCAGCUGUGUCGAAGAGCUAACUGAAAGUGAGAAACAGGCCACUCGAUUACUGGCUGGCCUCAUGGAGCUGGAUCCCUACAAGCGCCUUAGUGCCAAGGAAGCCCUACAACAUGAGUUUUUCACUGACCCUAUAGACCAUGAUGUGGAGUGGGGAGGGGACCCCGACGAUAGCGCAGACACUGGGGAAGAAGAUGAGGAUAAGGAUGAUGGAGAAGCGGACGAAGUAGCAAUGAUAUAGAGCUCCCGAG